AUGCAACUCACUUCAUCAGCCUUGGGACAACCAUACUUAGUAUCACUUCAAAACACGGAAACAUUAGACUCCUUCAUGACAUAUGACCUAAACUAUCCAUCAGACCAACAAGUCAAACAAAGAAUAACAAAUUCAUUCUCGAUUGGGAACUUCUCCGGAUUUGUAGGAGAUUUCUCGAAGAAGAAUCUUCAACGUCUAAAACGAUGUCCCCUAGUAAUGCAAGUAGUCCCAGAUACACCGUUUGUAGCUUAUGAUAUCCAAAUUCAAGAAAAUGCUCCAAGACACCUUGCUCGUAUUAGCCGAAGACGAAGAAUGCGCCCAGGGAGAAUAUAUCCGUAUGUCUAUAAGCCUGAAUAUAUUGGAGAAGGUGUGAAUGCUUAUGUGAUUGAUUCUGGAGUUGCGGUAAACCACCCAGAAUUUGAAGGCCGCGCUAAACCUGGUAAAGAUUUCACUGAAGAAGGCUCGGGAGAUACAAAUGGCCAUGGAUCUCAUGUGGCUGGUUUGAUUGGUUCGAAGACCUAUGGUGUUGCAAAAGGGGUGGAGAUUAUUGAAGUUAAGGCGUUGAAUAGUAAAGGAACAGGUUCACUUAGUACAAUUCUUGCAGCGAUUGAAUUUGCAGUAAACCAUAGGACACAGUCCGGUAAACAGGGGGUUGUAAAUCUAUCCUUGGGUUCAUAUAAGAAUCAAGUUUUGAACCUUGUGAUUGAAGAAGCAGUAAAGACAGGCUUGAUUGUAGUGGUGGCUGCCGGGAACUCGAAUACUGAUGCUUGCUUGGCCAGUCCUGCCAGUUCACCAGCUGCUAUUACCGUUGGUGCAAUUGAUGAUACGUAUGAUACAUUGACAAGUUUUUCAAACUGGGGAGAAUGUGUUGAUAUAUUUGCUAGCGGAUCUGGUGUUGAGAGUGUCAAUAUACAUAAUUCUUCGCAACCGCUGACGCUUUCCGGUACAUCGAUGGCUGCGCCUAUUGUGUCUGGUUUGGUGGCAAAUUUAUUGAGUGAGGGUAUUCCACCUGAUAAGAUUAAAGAAACGUUGCUCAAACGAUCAGUGAAGAAUCGAAUGCAUUUAUCGUCGUUACUUUAUAGGAGGAAGACUCCAAAUAGAAUAGCGUACAAUGCUAUUUAG